AUGAAGAGCUCCUCAAAGGUGACGGUAGAAGAAAAACGUGAUCGUGUGGAGACGAUUGCGAGGAAGAAGAAUUUGCUGUCGGUGGAUCGUACAGACACGAGCAGCAAGCUAGCGUCGACGCGAGACGAAGAAAAUAAGAGCAUCGAAUUUCCUGCGUUGCCCUUAUCUUCUCUGGCGGCACACAGGAUUGUGCUGCGUCAACCUAAGAAUUCAAGAAAUUAUAAUAUUAUUGAUUUCGGCCAUUGCCUGCCUGCGUUGAAUUUCGACUACGUAUCAAUAUUUUGUCCUGCCCAGGCUCGGGCCCGUGUCGCGAGCCAGCCAGCCAACUUCUUCCUUUUUUUCCGUGUGAGUAAAGAUUCGCGAGGCGCUUUGCGAUCCAGCUGCUUGCUCGUCUUGGUUGCUCCGUUCCAUCUCAUCGAAGUUUGCUUUCGCUUCUCCACCUUGAACCUCUUUCUCCUUCUUCUCACCUGCUCAUCCGCUCCCUACCGUCGUUGUCCUCGCCCUCCCAUUGCACGCAGCAACGUCGUUUCCGCCAACAUGAACGCUCUCCGACAGCUUAACCGUGCUGCUGCACCUGCGCUCAAGCAGGCCACCAAGUCGGGUCUCGUCCUCCCCAACGUGCCCCAGGUGCUCCGACCCGCCACCACGCUCGCCGCCGGUACUCCCAAGAUCUCGAAAGGUCCCACCAAGUACGGCGGUGUCUACACCGUCACUUUGAUUCCUGGUGAUGGUGUCGGUGUCGAGAUCACCGACUCGGUCAAGGAGAUCUUCGAGGUGAUGAACGUGCCCGUCGAGUGGGAGCAGUUCAACGUUUCCGGCGAGACCCACGGCUCCGAGUCGCUCUUCAAGGAGGCCAUGGAGUCGCUCAAGCGCAACAAGGUCGGUUUGAAGGGCAUCCUCUUCACCCCCAUCGAGACCGGCUCGCACAACUCGUGGAACGUCGCCAUGCGCCAGCAGCUCGACAUCUACGCCUCGCUCGUCAUCUGCAAGUCGCUGCCCGGUUACCCCACCCGUCACAAGGAUGUCGACUUUGCCAUCAUCCGUGAGAACACCGAGGGUGAAUACUCGGGUCUCGAGCACUCUUCCUACCCUGGUGUCGUCGAGUCGCUCAAGGUGUCGACGCGUGCCAAGGCCGAGCGCAUCUCGCGCUUCGCCUUCGAUUUUGCGCUCAAGAACGGCCGCAAGAAGGUCACCUGCGUCCACAAGGCCAACAUCAUGAAGCUUGGUGACGGUCUCUUCCUCAACACCUUCCGUCGUGUCGCCGAGGAGUACAAGUCGAGCGGUAUCGACUCGAACGACAUGAUUGUCGACAACACCUCCAUGCAGCUCGUCUCGCGUCCUCAGCAGUUCGACGUCAUGGUCAUGCCCAACUUGUACGGCAACAUCGUCUCCAACAUUGGCGCCGCCCUCGUCGGUGGUCCCGGUACCGUGCCCGGCUGCAACAUUGGCCGUGAGUUCGCCCUGUACGAGCCCGGUUGCCGUCACGUUGCCAAGGACAUCAUGGGCACCAACGCUGCGAACCCUGCCGCCAUGAUCCUCAGUGCCACCAUGAUGCUUCGCCACCUCGGCCUCGACACACAGGCCAACCAGAUCGCCGAGUCGGUGUACAAGGUCAUCCAGGACGGCAAGGUGCGAACCGCCGACAUGGGCGGCAAGUCCAAGACCCACGAGUUCACCCAGGCCGUUCUCUCCAACCUCUGA